GUAGCAGGCUGAAGCAGGGAGCUUACAGUCGAAAGGCGCCGUUGACCGCGAGACACUAAGCACGGUGCAGUCUUUGGCACACCGUGCCUUACCGCCUUAUCAUACAGUUAAAUACUAGUAAUACAGCUUGCUAUCAUGGGCGUGCAACCAAAACUAUCAAAAUGUCUCCUCGCGUUGUCGACACUCGCGCUGCUAGCAUGCUUGCCGCAAGCGCAGUCUUUUGACCAGAGCGCGCCGCUCCAAAGCGUUCUCAAGCGUCUGGAGCGACAAUCUGACAGGUACGACGCCGACCUGACGGACCUGGUCGCCUUCCCCUCCGUGUCCGCGCUGCCCGACCACCUGCCGCACCUGCUGGCUGCGGCGGACUGGCUGGUGGAGCGCCUGCGCCAGGCCGGGCUGCAGAACAUGGAGAUCCUACCCACCGAGGGGCCUCACCCGGUGGUGUACGCCGAGUGGCUGUCGGCGCCGCGGGCCGCCAACGGCACCGCCGCACCCACCGUCCUCAUCUACGGUCACUACGACGUCCAGCCAGUGGACCCCUUGGAGCUGUGGGACACACCCCCGUUCCAGGUGGUGAAGCGGGACGGCUACUAUUACGGCCGUGGGGUGGAUGACGACAAGGGCGGGCUGCUGGAGGCGCUGCAGGCGGUGGAGGCGUGGCUGCAGGAGACGGGCACGCUGCCGGUGAAUGUCAAGUUCCUGCUGGAGGGCCAGGAGGAGGUCAUGUCGCCGCACCUGACGCCCUUCCUGCGCCGGCACGCGGGCCGGCUGGCGGCGGACCUGGCGCUCAGUGCGGACGGCGGGCAGCCCGCGGCAGACCGGGGCGGGCUGUCGCUGGGGCUGCGGGGUGUGGUGGGCGCUCAGCUGGAGGUGGUGACUGCGGGCACGGACAUGCACAGCGGCAUGAAGGGCGGCGCGGUGGCCAACCCCAACGCCGUGCUGGCGGCGCUGCUGGCGGGCAUGCACGACCCGGCCACACACGCCAUCACCGUGCAGGGCUUCUACGACGAUGUGCUGCCGGUCACGGAUCAGGACCGGCGCGAUGUGGAGGCGUACGGCUUUGACGCCGAGCAGGAGAUGUCGGACCUGGGUCUGUACGGCCACGUGGGCGAGCAGGGCUACAGCGUGCUGGAGCAGAGGUGGCACCGGCCCACGCUCGAGGUGGUGGGCAUGAGCGGCGGCUUCACGGGGGAGGGCAUCAAGACCGUCAUCCCCGCCCGGGCCAGCGCCAAGAUCAGCUGCAGGCUGGUGCCCAAGCAGACGCCGGCAGACAUCCUAGACAAGCUCCAAAAGCACGUGGCGGCGCACUGCCCCGCCUACGCGCGCUGCAGCCUGAGUGCCCUGGGCGGCGGCGCAUUCCCCUGGACCAACCCGCGCGACUCGCCCGCUCUGGCCGCGGCGGCGGAGGUGCACGAGGCGCUGAGCGGCCGGCCGCCGCUGUUCCUCAGGGACGGCGCCACCAUCCCUGCUCUAGCGGCUUUCCAGCAGGAGCUCAAGGUGGACACGACCAAGUUCGGGUGGGGGCUGUCAGACAAGAUCCACGCGCCCAACGAGCGCCUGCUGGCAGAGAUGUACGACAAGGGCCGCCGCGCAUGGGCCAUCAUCCUGGAGCGGUUGGCGGUUGCGCAUGGAACCUUUGACGAGGCGGCGUUCGGCACGGCUGGCAGUGCCGCCGGGAAGGGGGCGCACGACGAACUGUAGUGCAAUUGCGGAGAAGCGGAGGUCGGGCUAGCUGAUGCUCUUGUAUGCAGCGCACCACUUGGCCAGUGAUGGGCAGGGGUGCCCUCUGGUGGUGGCCUGGUGCGUAGGAGCGGACAGCAGCAGAGACUGUCUAUGUCUGGCGUCAAUUGGGCAGGUUCACGUGUGUACACUUUGAUUGGAGUUGUCUGAUGCACAUCACGACACUCGUGGGUGGCCGGGAGCGUGGGUGACCGGCGGGCUUUGGCGGGGCACGAAUUCGCUCGUUUCCAAUCCCUAAGUUGGCGGCCUUGGCACUGCCUGCUUCAGGCGAGACCUGUUGGUACCGUAGCUAAAGUGGGGCCGGCGGGCCAGGCUUGUGUUGUCGCCAUGUUGUGUGGAAGGCAGCGUGGCAGGAGCGCAGAAUGCCCCCAGGCUUUAUGCGGGGGCUUGCUGGCAUGGAGUGUGGUGCGGCAGACACAUACCGGUGUGGUUACCGUACGAGGAUUGCAGGGACGCUGGUGAGGAACAGGCUGCUGCCUGCUGGUUGCGUAUGCGUGCUGCGGUGCUGCGGUAGGCUCCAGGACUGGGAAGGAUGGCAACGGGCACGACGGCCAGGGGGAACACCAGGGGAGGAGAAAGGCGCGGUGGGGAGCAGGGGAGGUGGGGGCAGGGAGCCGCUGAUACUAAUCAGGCACGACGCUAAUGUGGCGCUUGGACACAUGUACGCCCGCUGCACGCACCAGUGAAACCACAUUACCGGGAUCUGGACUAGCCUCCUAUUUACGCUGACCGGAAACGAUGUCUGUAACCGGGCAAGACU